AUGUAUAUGUUGAACACAUCCGAAGCGCUCCUCGCUGCCGCCUCAUUGAUAGGGGCCUAUGUCAUGGCUGUGCAAUAUUUCCGUUUCCAAAGAUGUGAUCGAAUUGAGUCGAAGUUCCGACGGACCGGCCGUCUGUCUAGCAUGACUGUCAAGGAGGCACAUGAUAUUAUGCGCCAGUUACGAGAACUUGAGUUUCCGUUUGCUUUGCGUAGCUCAACGAAGAUGACGACACUCAAGACUGCCUCUGUUCCUACCGUGGCCGAUCUCUUCGUUGCGACCGGUCAGCGAAGCGAGAAGAACAAUACAAAACGCGCGGCUGAUACGGAGGUGAUAAUGAAUGAGAUCCAUGAUCGUGAGGCUGGCUCCGACGCUCAUGUAAUGGCCUUCGCCCGGAUGAAUUACAUACAUUCCAGGUACAGGAAGGCCGGCAAGAUCCUUGAUGAAGAUAUGCUGCAUACUCUUGGCUCUGCGGUGGUUGAUGUGUUCCGUUCAAUAGAGAAAUAUGAAUGGCGUCAGCUGUCAGACGUGGAGAAGUGUGCGGUUGGUGUGUUUUAUAGAAGUAUGGGAGAGGCGAUGGAAAUUCCUUUCCACCUACUCCCAUCCGGUAAAACCGGCUUCACCGACGGAAUCCAUUUUGCGCAGGAGCUGUGCGACUUCACGGUAGAAUACGAAAAGACGGCAGCCAAACCAACACAGUCGACAUUGUUCAUUAGCAGGCGCUUAAUGAGCUUAGAGACGGCCAAUUAUCCUUCGAUACUCCGGCCUGUUGUUGAACAUAUCAUUGCCACAAGACUAGAUGAACACAUCCGAGUCAGCAUGGGUUAUCGCAAACCGGGAAUUACUCUUUCUUCCCUUGCUGCUGGUUCAGUGGCAAUUCGUAAGUUCAUAUUGCGCUACCUCAGCCUACCCCGGCCGGAUUUUAUGGCCGUCAAGGUACUGGAUGCGACUCCAGACCCAUCCACCGGGCGCUACACUGUCAAAGAAUGGUUGGAUAAUCCAUGGUAUGUAAAGCCGACAUUUUCAAAUCGAUGGGGCCUUAAAUCCUGGUCGGUACGACUCUUUGGAACCGGAAAUGUACCCACCAAAAAUGGCCCUUUCCGCGACGAAGGUUAUGACAUUAAAGCAAUCGGUCCUCAGAUUAUGGAGAACAAAGGCCAAGCUGAAGUCGAAGAGAUCUUUGAGAAUUUUAGAAAGAGAGACAUCCCGGCUGGUUGCCCAUUCCAUGCGUAA